AUGUUUGAUUCUACUUCCUCUCACAUUGAUUUUCAAUCCUCACAAACCAAGAACAAUACUCACAUGCUCACAUAUUUACCACCAUUCAAAAAACCAAGAGUUGAUUCUUCAAACCAUAACUUAGGAGGAGGGUGUGAAUAUCAAAAAACAGAAAAAGUGAACUUCUCAAACUUUUCUAUACCUAAAGUGUUUCUCAAAUCAACUCAUCAACAAAACAGUUCAAGAAAUGUAUUAUCUUCAGAAAGAGUACAAGAGAAAGAAUCAAAAGCAAUUGCUCCUACAAAAUUUCAACAACAAAAGCCUUUAGCACAAUUGCCACCAACCCUUGAUGAACAUUCUGAAAAUGCUGCUUGCCAUAAUAGUACUUUUGGAAUUAGAGAAAAGAGAAAAGCUAGUGAUAUUAACGUGUAUGAUGAACCAUCAUCUUCUUCUGCGUGUUCACUUGAAGCCUCGAAUGAUCCAAACUAUGGUUUCGGAGAUCAUGAGAACAAUUAUGACUCACCAUAUUUUUGUGAUGAUGAAGAAGAAACCUCAGAAAAUAUGUUGAAAAAAAAGGGAGCCCAUAAAGGAAACAGAAUCAAGAGAAGCUACAAGAAAGCGAAAUGUCAUAAUUUAACAGAAAAGAAGAGAAGAGAUAAAAUCAAUGAGAAAAUACAUAUAUUGAAAAAGCUCAUACCAAAUUGCAAUAAGAUGGACAAGGCUUCAAUGCUUGAUGAUGCCAUUGAUUAUCUUAAGACACUCAAGCUUCAAUUACAGAUUAUGACAAUGGGUAGAGAACUUUGUAUGCCACUUAAUCAUCUUAUGAUGUUACAAGCAAAUCAUAUGAAUAUGAAUAUGAAUAUGAAUGUACAACAUUUAAUGGGUUUUAGGCCACAAGUAAUGUGUCCUAUUCCACAAAUGAGUAAUGGUGUUACAAACAACAAUGACAUUAGAGUUCAGAUGUUUGGUUUUCCCAACCAAUUACCACCACCAAUGUCAAUUCAGAAUGCACCUUUCACUCUUCCUAUCAUUGGAAACUCUUCCACUGCACCUACCUCUUUUGGUAACCAGAAUCAACCUAGCAGGACAUGUGGCUAA